AUGUCCCCCUCGCUCGCGUCUACCGGAACUACUCCCGCCUGGGUAGUUUCCUCUCGUGGUCCAUACUCCUCACGCGCCGCCCUCGAAUAUGUUCCGGACCAUCCUCUGGUAGCACUUAAACCAGGCCAGGUUCGCGUUCGAAUGAAGUUCGCGUCGGCGUACAAGGGCACAACAUACUCCUGGCAUGUAAUACCCACUUUUGUGCGGAAGCAUGUGUUCUCCACCCCACAUGAGAUCGCAGAUUUCGAAGGGGCGGGUGUGGUUGAGGAGGUUUAUGAGGGACCCGGAAAGAAAAGUAGGUUCAAAGUUGGCGAUGAGGUGUUUGGUGCUAUGGAUCCUGUUGGAAAAAUCUCCGCGGGCCGUGGUGUAAUGGCUUUGCACGCGACGUACCUUGAGGGGGAACUCUCGCAUAAGCCGAAGCUCCUCACCUGGGAGGAGGCUGCAGGUGCGAAUGGCAUGGCUCAGACGGCCUAUUUCUGUAUGAUCGAAGUAGGCAAGCUUCGCGCGGGACAGCGGAUUUUCUUAAAUGGCGGCUCUACGUCGGUAGGGCUGGUAGGGAUUCAGAUCGCAAAGGCAGUGGGUGCAUACGUUGUCACGUCUUGUUCGGCAAAGAACUUCGACCUUGUAAAGCAGAUGGGGGCUGACGAGAUCUUCGACUACACUGCACAACCCUUACACGAACAGCUAACUGCCAAAUUUUCCGGUGCAAAGAGCUUCGACCUGAUUUUCGACGCCGCCGGUACAAGGUCACUGUACUUGCACAGUCCAUCUUAUCUUAUUCCGAGUGGGCGAUUCCUUGCUGUCGGAGGCGAUCUCAAUUCCUACUCCGUCUCGCGCUUCAUUCUGGAUAUCUUCCUGAACACAUGGCAGCCGACCUGGCUCGGUGGCACGCCUCGCAAAUUUACCUUCCUAAACACUUUCUUCAAUCUGGAGAGGACACAGAAGCUCAUCGAGCUCAUCGACAAAGGGAUGCUGCAUGUACCUGUGGAUUCUGUCUGGCCCCUCCAAGAUGUGAGGCAGGCAUAUGAGAGAGCUCUUUCUGGACGAGCGAGAGGGAAGGUCGUCGUCCGUAUUGAUGCCGUCGGUGUUAACUUUGGAUUGAUCAGGCAAAUUGUUCGCACGGUGCGCGCAGAGCCAAACAUGAACCAAACGACAGUGCUUCUCUCCCCUCUUCGUUCUCUACCUCAUCGUUCACGGACCCCUUCGUCUUUGGUUUCGUCGUCGUUGUGCAUGAUGUUCUCGCUCAUCUUUAGGCGAAGUGUGUUCCGCACACCCGCCAUUUUUAACACCUCUGUCCCAUUCCAAUUCCAACAACAACUUCAAACGCGAACUUUCUUAACCGCGUCGGCACCGCGUCACCUUGCCGCCCGCACGACCACGGCCACGACGAAAUCCGAGGCUGGGUCUGGCACAAAGGCAAAGGCACCUUUUCCUAAAGCCAAAUCUGCGACCAAUGUUAAGGCUGCGAGUAAGCCCAAGACGAAAGCUCAGGCGAAGCCGAAGAAACCCAAGGCAGCACCCAAACCCAAAGUCAAGAAGAUAGUGAAGCCUCCUCGUAUGUCUCCUUUUAUUUUGUAUCUUCUGCUUCGCAAACCGCUGACGAGGCUGCCAUUCUCACUCCUACCCACAUUCGGUGCAUCUGAUGUGGUCACGCCUGUCAAUUAUCUCUCUUCGUCGAUAUCAGGGGUCAAAGUAACACGAGAGGACUUACCACCCAAGCGUCCCGGCUCGGGCUACAUCCUCUAUUCCUACGAUUACAGGGCUACUCAUCCCGUUGACGACAAAACUGUAACUGCCCAGCAAGAAUUGGUGAAACGUAUAGGUACGGCGUGGACUGAACUUCCCGAUGCAGAGAAAGCUUCGUAUGUGGAGCGCGCGCGUACCGAGUUCGCAGCGUACAAAAUCGAGUACGACAAGUGGGCAGUCAACGUCCGUCCAGAGGUUUUCAAAGAAAUAAACAACAAACGCACCAAGAAGGGGCAGGCCAAGCUUAGGAAGCCACUCGAUCCUGGCGUGCCGAAGCGCCCUCUCAAUGGCUGGACGAAUUUCCUCACCGAAUUCAUCGCUCAACAUCCCGAAAUCGCUGAUGGAACUCGGAGCGACCGCGUUUCCAGGUGGUCGAAGGCUGCUAAGGCUGCUUGGGACAGCAUGUCAGAAGAGGAGAAGAACAAGUACAACGAACCGUACCGCCUCGCAUUGAAGGACUAUAAAGACAAGAUGGUUGCACAUAAUGCUGCUCUCAAGGAGCUCGAGGCCGCCGGCCGUGCUUAA